CCCGGGUACCUUCACGUUCUGGAUUGAAGCGACCAGCUUUCCUUCUUUCCUUCCCGACAUGACCUCCAAAACACAGGUGCUACACGCAGCGGUUUUUGAUACGGUCCCUCGCAGCUAGUCUUGUUACACGUAUCUCUUCGACUUUCGAACCCGUACUCGAGCAGUCCAGCGGCAAAGGGACAGAGCGCCGCAAUUAGACAUUUUUAGGCCUCAACUCAUUGCUGCGUUCUGGCGCCAUCCCUGCGCUAAAAUUUGGCAGGCCUCGCCAUUUGACACGAUUAUCGCUUCUGUCAGGAGCCGCGCUAGCAAGUUGAUGUGACGUCGGACGACCUCACGUAUGAUGGCGCCGCAGGGCCUGCUGCUUGAGACUGCUCGGGUCGAGGCCGCGCACGCCCGGUUGAAGGAGCUCACGCGUCGGUAUCGCGCUCAAGAGGAAGAGGCGCGUGCAGAGCUGGACGGGAAGUCGGCAGCCAUCGACGCCGACUUUGAGAAGCGGAUAGCUGAGAUAGCCCAGCUGGAUCCUUCUCUCCGCGAGAGGAUCGAGGCGGUUCUGAUCAAGACCAGAUGCCUCGAGAUCGAAGAGCUACGGCGGGCUCAUCAAGAGAAGGCCGAUGCGCGAAAGAAACUCUACGAUGAACAAAAGCGGCAGUAUGACGAGGAAAUAUACACAGCGAUCACAGCCGCGAUGAGCGCGAGUCACACGUCGAGCCCGGGUCAACCUCCCGUCUCGCCAUCGCGACCAUCAAAAGCCUCCCAAGGUUAUACCGCUACUGUUGCUACUUCCGGCCCAGCCAGCCUCGCUGAAACUGACCCUGUCGCACCUGCUGCAAGCGAGGUUGCAUCGCUGCCCCAGCGGGUUGCAUCUCCGUUACCAAUACAAGCUCGGACAGAGACGGACAGUCAAGCGACCCUGUCCCAGAGUCUUGACUUGGACAAUGCCUCGCCGACGCAUAGCCUUUCUGAGCAUAGCCAAGAAACGCCGGGAAUGUCUUAUCAGCAGCCGGCAGCAAAGAAGGAGGAUGUUGAAAAUGCCAGACCUUCUGCACAAUCGACAACCGCGUCGGCCGCCGGCCUACCAUUACCUGUAAUCGGCCGGGAGAGUACUCUAUCGGAGGCAUUCCCCUCUCCCGGGCAUCGAGAUCAACCACCUGCUCCGCCAACGCUGGCCCCCAAGCCAGAUCCGGUCCACAAGCGCAAAGCCAACGGCGACUCAAACGGCGAUUCUCCCGCAUCUAGCCCUGACCGCCACAAGCGCACCCGAUUUGAAUGGGAGCAUGGUGACCACCGCACGCCUACCAAUCCGCCUCCACCGUUUGUUCAGCAGGACGCUCCAGAGAGGACAGUCUCGUUUGAAGAGGUGUACGGUGCUCCUGGGCGCCCGGCGCGACACAUGCAUGUCAUAGUUCAGUGGCCUCCGAAGACGGGCCAUUACUAUAUCCUACGAUGCGAUGAACAUGGGGUACACUUCGGCGAACACCCACUCAGGGGUGCGGCUAAGCACCUUGCCAGCGCACAACACGGCUACAUGUCCAAGGCGCAUGCAACCGCCAUCGAAACCUUGGGACACCGAGUCGUAGGCUGCACCGAGGAAAUGGCCAACAUGAACAAUGAAGCCGUUUUGAAGGCAAUGAAAGACGGCUCAUACAAGAUAUUCAACGCCAAUAACCUCAGUCAAGCGAAGCGCGCCGAGCUCGGUUAUCCCCCUCUCGACCCCCUGGGCUCUCAGAAGACUACAAUGCACCGAAAACCGACAGCGGGCAUCACGAGACCCAUCUCUUGCAGGUUCUAUGUCGGCAAUUCCGGCGGAGAAGUGUACCCUGUCUUGAUCCUCCCAUGGAUCGAAAUGUCGCCGGUUGGCCUGGUUGGCACGUUGGCCGACACCGGCCUCUUCCGCAAGACCACAGAUGAUGGCAAGCUAUUGGCGGUGCCUAAGCUGCCCAGGUGCUAUGUCUAUCUCGAAGUCAACGGCCGUAUCAUCGGUAUCCAGGGCUGGGCAAAGGGGUAUGAGGAUGGCGGUCCGCUCGAGAGAAAGCGGGAAUUUCCUGUCUUGUGCGCUGACAGCAACGACUGUGGUGAUUGGACAGUGGGAUGGAUCAAGGCAGCCCAUUUAUCCAUCCUGGACUUCGACGAUCCCUCCUCGCGGAACAUCCCUUAUUUCACAGCUGCCCGGGAUUAUCUUCUUCGCCGGGUCCGGCCGCCGCCUUGUAUUGUUGACGACGAGGCACGAGGCACGCCUAGGCAGCUUCGCCACACCGCUUUACGAGGAGGUGCCCGGAACAUUGCACCAGCCGCAGGGGACGACGUCGAGAUGAGGGAUGCCGAUGAUGUGCACUACCGCAACCAUGGAAGUGAAUCCGACCUGGAUAUGGUCAGCCCGGCCAUGUCAUACCUCAACAACCGCGCUGGAAAGGCAGACGACAGCCGACGCACGAGCGUCUUGAACAGAGACGAGCACUACAACGGACCAUGGUUUAGAGAUGGGGCUGCUGCCGAAUCUAUGACAGCGUCCAUGCAUCCUGCCCAGUUGAUUGCUGCUCAAGCACUGAAUCUGCAGCCGCCGGCGCGGAGCGGAUUCAGGGCGAUCAACACUGCCGGAGGUGCUAAUGGAAGUAGCUCGCAGAGCUCGCGUGCGAGCGUCGAGCCGAUGCCCAGAGCGAGCGUCGAGCCGAUGCCCAGAGCGAGCGUCGAACCGAUGCCCAGAGCGAGCGUCGAGCCGAUGCCCAGAGCGAGUUCGACAUCGACUGCCCCAGGAGGUCACAGGCGCGUAUUCAAGAUUCAUGCUCGCAGCAGCCGGCACCCUAGCGACCAAACAAGCCCAUCCCCUUCGAUAGUGUUGCCAGAACGGCCGGCCGAUGCCAGUAACUCGAGAAGUGGUGCUCCAAGCCAGCCUCAGGGUGAUGUUAAGAAGUACAGCCCGGCUAGCUUGCAGAACAUCAUACAAGACUUCCCGGCGCCAACGGCUGGAUCCUCGCGGGUUAGUUCCCAAUCGCCGAACCCAGCGCCUGCUAGACGCCCGCUCCCGUCCGGCCCGGGAAUGCGCAACGGUUCCCCUCCACGACCAGCACUGCUGUCGGCGGUAAAUACGAAUCGAGCUGGCUCUGCACCAGUGCAGCUGCCUCAAAUGAGGGAUCCCGUGGCGGAGGAGAUACGGCGCGGCGGCAGUGCAUCCGCUGCCCCAGGCUCGAGCAGACAUGCCACGCCCCAGCCAUCCACUCCGGCAGCCGCCGCGGCAGCGAUUGCCACCCCAGAUGCAGGAGUACCAUCAGCCACCUUGUUGGUACAGGCAUCGGUCCCGGCACCAGGGUCCAAGAGGGAGCCGCCACCGCCGCCAAUCCAAGUCCUUCCGCCAACCACAGCUUUCACACCCAUCACGCGAGUCAACGCCAGCCCCCUCGACACACCGGCCACGAGUGCGACUAACACGCGCGCCAACUCGCCGGCGCUGCCGCAACAACAACCCAAAGCAGGCACACCCACCAUGGCCGGUUUCCCCAGGCCCGACACUCCGACGCUUACGCCAACGCUCCCGCAGCCACCACCGAGCGGUUUCCUCCCGACCAUGGACGUGUUUGACCUCGCGGGCGUCAUGGAAGGCAGCACUGAGGUGUUCCGGUCCAGCUCGCCGGACAGUUACCUCCGGCUCAUCGACGACCACCAGAGCGGUGUGUUCACGACGCGCUCGGAUGCGCCGGUGUCGCUCCGGAUCGAGCCCAAGAAGAUUGAGAGGGCCGAGAGGGUGUCGGCAGAGGGCGGGGCGGUUUGUGUGGUUACGAUUACGUACCUUCCUGAGCCGGGCCAUGACGGCGAGCGGCGGAAACAGACGCUCGUGCUGGAGAAGGCGCGGUCGACGGCGAGCGGAAUGCAGUAUGGCCUUGUGCAUGCGCGGAGGCUGUGUCGCAGGUUGCGGGAGUGGAAUCCCGAGAUUGAGUUGCCGAGUCCAAGGAAUGACUUGGACUCGGUCCAGUGGCGGUUCAGCACCCAGACUCCGACUCCGUCGACGGCGGCCGUGGUCGAGCAAGAGGCCACGUAAGGGCACAUGGCCAACAUUCGUGUCUAUGCGGUCACACCUUUCACGAGUGAUCUUUUUUUUUUUCCUCUGCCAGGGUUAUUUGGGCGUGAUCGGGCCUUUGGGUUUGUACAUUCUUCUUUCAUUGCAAACUGCCACCACCAUCGCGUUUCUUUUGUCUUUUGGAGAAGGGAAGGGGGAUUGCAGAUACAGUCUAUGAUACCCGCUGCCCUGGCAGAUCUUCUUAAUCAGAAGAGUUUUGCGACUGAAGGUUUGGGACCGGCUUCUGGCACUGCACUUAUCCCGGGUAUUUGGGUUGGACUCAAGGAACCGGCGUAGACUUUUUCUCUUCUGCAGUAGUGCUCUCAUAUCAGAUAUUCUCUAUUGACACUUGUGAAUGAUAUCUUAGGUC